GUGGUUGACGUGUAAUUAACUACUAUUAUUAUUUAUAUUGCCAUUAGAAAGGGAGACGAAUUAAACGACCAUUAAUCACUUUUAUAGAAGGAGGAGAGAAGCAGAGGUGAAGAAAUAAGGGAAAACAAGAAGAUGAAAUAGAAGAAGAUAAAGACACACGAUUCUAACUAGUCAUUCCCUCUCAAACAACCAUUAUGCACUUGUACAGAAGGAGGAGAGAAGCAGAGGUGAAGAAAUAAGGGAAAACAAGAAGAUGAAGACACGAUUUUAACAAGUCAUUCCCUCUCAAACGACCAUUAAUCACUUUUACAGAAGGAGAGGAGGAGACAGAGGUGGAGAAAUAAGGGUAAACAAGAAGAUGAAAUAAAGACACGAUUUUAACUAGCCAUUCCCUCUCAGACCACCAUUAUCAUUUACAUAGAAGAAGGAGAGAAGCAGAGGUGAAGAAAUAAAGGAAAAUUCAGACCCUCCAUCAGUAUUAGAAGCCCCGUGAGUGCUACAAGUGGUCAUGAGGGUUGCUUGCUCUUCACGUCUCCUAUCAGCAACACCUCAGCAAGACAGCACAGUUCCUUGGUCAACAGGCUGUGCACCACCAGGCCUGCCACCACCUACAGCCCUGUAUAGCCAACCCUUGCACCCCACCCCUGACCUGGCGGCUUUGGCAACGCACCACAAGCUGACGUCCUCCUGUGAGUACCUGUGGCUUUACCUGUUGUAGUAGGUCUCAGAAGUCUAAGGGAGGUCCCAGAAGCCUUAAUUAAGGGGACAUAGACCAUGGACAGCGAUCAAGAAACUGUAAUUUUUGACACCGGGAACUUGCGGCAGCGGCGAUACUUCCACCAGGCCGAUCGUCCACCCCCCCACCCCCCCUACAAGCCCAUACCUCCACCCCCUGCCCACCCCACCCCUGUACCCACCUAUUCCUACCCCCCUCCAUCCCACACUGGUUACCAUCAUUCUCAUUCUUCUGUUGCAACCUCCAUUCCUUCUCCACAUGUUCCAUAUUCCGCUGCAUACUCCACAUCACUUCCUCUGCCUUCCAAGUACUCUCAUCCACCUUCCACUUCACUCACAGCUUCCACAUCCUCCUAUCAGCCUUCCACGUCCCAUCCACCCCCUCCCAACCACUCCUUUAAACAGCCUUCCACGUCCCAUCCACCCACUACCAACCACUCCUUUAAACAGUCUUCCACGUCCCAUCCACCCCCUCCCAACCACUCCUUUAAACAGCCUUCCACAUCCCAUCCACCCCCUCCCAACCACUCCUUUAAACAGCCUUCCACAUCCCAUCCACCCCCUCCCAACCACUCCUUUAAACAGCCUUCCACAUCCCAUCCACCCCCUCCCAACCACUCCUUUCAACAGCCUUCCACGUCCCAUCCACCCCCUCCCAACCACUCCUUUCAACAGCCUUCCACGUCCCAUCCACCCGCUCCCAACCACUCCUUUCAACAUCCUCGCGUCCCGGUUCACCCCACGACGCAGCAUGGCACAUCCUCCCCUUCCGCGCCGAUUUACAACAUGCAACACAGUAAGUCCCGCAGCACUGUGAGAAGGCGCCGCACCAGCCCCCCAAGGUUCAGCAGUCGGUACAAAAAAAUGCGGCUUAACACGGACGCGCUGGACCACUCGGGGCACGGUCUCCUCGACUCCCUGCGACGUAAUGGGGUCCGUCUCCACAACUGCUGGGAGAGGGAGAUCAUACCCAGGGUCCCGCGUCCACACCCAGCAGCAAGAACCAAGUCUGUGGAGGUUGAGGAUGGAGUGUAUGGCAGGGAUCGGUACUGGUCGAGCUCUCGCACCGUUAUGCCACGCUCCCCUGUUAACCAGCUUCCCGAGAGAUACAAGCAGCCCUCCCAGCCCUGUCAGUCCCCUCGGAAAGACAACUCAGACCCACAGCCCGCCCGCCAAGCCAUAUCAGACUCCCAGCUUGAUGCCUUCCUCAAACAGACAAACAGUAACUUUGGAUCUACCGGGUUCAUCAAGGCCAUGCUCUCCAGCUUGGCAAAUGGCUUCACGGAUCCCAUACCCGCUGUGCCUCCACCCCCACCCAUCCAACACCCCCAGGACACGAGGGAGGAGGUUCAAUCCCCCAGGAAGGAUCAGAUACCAUUCCCGGCGACUCCCACGGACGAUAAGGUGAUUCUGAAGGUGGUGCGCGUGCCUGAAGAAGAGGAGGAUCAGAAGCAUGUGUUGGUGUUUGAGAAGGCUUCAACACCCUCUCAAAAUGAUCAGAAUACAAGUUCGCCGCAUUCUCGCACUGAUCCGUCGGCCUUGGAUAGAAUCACAGCAGAAUAUCGUUUGUCAUCGCCGCGCCAUCAUGCAAGUUCGCAUCAUGUGAGGUCUCGAUCCCCUCCUCCUCCUCUUCCUCCUCAUUCUGGUCUCAAUCCCUUAUCCUCAGACCAGCAAGGUGUGAAAAACAUACCUUCGGAUUCCAAGUCAUCUCGAAAUCCACCUCCAUGUGCCUCAGGGUCCAAUUCCACAUCUCAAAAUCCACCUUCUCCAUGUCACUCAGGGUCCAAUUCCACCGGCUAUAGUGGAUGGGAGGAAAGGGCUUCAUCAACCAUCCCUCCACCCUCUCUGUCUCCGUCUCCUUCCUCCAUUUCCACAAGUAGAAAGUCAAGCACGGAAAGUCGCUCGUCGGAGGAAAUACGGAAGACGAAAAGUGGAAAGCGGAAGGCGAGUGAAGUGGAAGAAAGCAGGGAUCACAGAAAGAGGAAGAGGAGGAAAGGCGAUGAAGGAGGAAGAGAGGGAGAUGCAGAAGAAGAGGCAGACAAGAGGAAGGAGAGGAAGAAGAAGGAGAAGGAAAAUGAUGAUUGCAGAAAGGAAACGGAGACAAAGGAGAAGGAAAAUGUUGAUCGCAGAAAGGAAACGGAGAAAAAGGAGAAGGAAAAUGUCGAUCACAGAAAGGAAACGGAGAAAAAGGAGAAGGAAAAUGUCGAUCGCAGAAGGGAAGUGAAGGAAAAGGAAGUUGCAGAAAAGAAGAAAGAAGAUAGACAGAAGAAGAAGGAGGAGAAGGAAAACAAGGAAGGGAAAGGAAGACAAAAGAGAGAGAAGGAAAAAGAAGAAAAGAAGAAGGAAGAAGAAAAAGAAGUGAAGAAAACAAAUAAGAAAGAAGAAAGAGAGAAAGAAAUAAAAGAGAAGCAAAAAUUAACAGGAAGACAAGGCAAAGAAGACAAGGAAGAAAAGGAGAUGAAAGAUAAAGACAAGAGAGGAAAACAAAACCAGAGGAAGGAAGUGGAAGACAGAGAAGACAAACGGAGGAAGGAGAAAGACAAAACAAAACAAAGCAACAGAAAAACAGCGACGGAUAAAGACGAAGACAAGAACAGGGGAAGAAAAGAAGACAACAAACGGAGGAAUAAGGAAAAUGGUGAUAAAGAAGACAGGAAGAAAGAAGCGAAGACAAAAACAAGCAAUAAACAAGAGAACAAGAGCCAUAGAAAAAUGGAUAAUAGGAUGAGCAAAGAAAGAGAGGAAGAAAGAGAAGACAAUAGAAAGAAGGAGAAUAAGAAAAGACAGAAAGAAAGAGAGAAGGAGGAGGGAAGAGGAGAAAGGAUGAAGGAGAAGAAGGAUGGAAGAAGGGAAAUGGAGGAGAGGAGAGAAAGAGAAAUGGGGAAGGGGAACAAAUCAGAAGAAAGGAGGAAGAAAGGAAGACCAAGUGAAGAAAAUGAGAGAGAGGAAGAAAGAGGAGAUAGUGAAUUGAGGAAGAGAAACAGAGAAAAGGAAGAUGAUAAAGAGAAUGAAGGAAGAGAAAGAGAAGAGAGAAGGAAGAAAGGAAAUCCGAGUGAAGAAGAAAGAAGAGAAAUCGGACCAAAAAAUAAAAGCAAAUCGACAGAGGGAAAAGACGACGAGGAGGCUAAAUUAAUUUCCUCGCCGACAAGACCGAGACCGAACGACGAUAUCCACAAAAGGCACAAAAAAAUAAAAACGGAGGAAAGACGAGAGAGCGGAAUUCGACGACCAAGCGUAGAUUCCGACGGCGAGGUUGCGAUCGUCCCCUCACCGAGCAGAUUCAGGGCAGACGAGCCUGGUUACGACAGCGACUGCAGUAUGCUCUCCAUCCCUCUCUUCCCCGACCUCAACCCAGAUGACCUUGACGACCUCCCUCCACUACCCUCAACGCCCCCUCCCACCACAGCACCGAGGCGGAAUUUGACAUGUAACACCCCAGUCAAAGAAGAACAGCCCACGUUUGACCCUACUGAGGCCGCGACCCCCCCUAGUCAGUUCCUGUCACCCGCUGUACCUGGGAGCACGUCGGUUGCUUCGGUGGGAGAGGUCGCAGUGAAGGAGGAAGCGGAAAUGCCCGAGGGUUGCACAGCGGAAUUGGCGACGGUGAAAAUUGAACCACAUGCACUACGGGAUGUGUCGGAAGGAGAGACACGAGUUAGGGAGAGUUUAGGAGUCCAGGAGUCGUCAGCGGAAGUGGCAACAGUUAAAACGGAACCAAGCACUGUAUGGGAUGGGGCGGAAGGAGAGGUCGUAAGGGGGAGAUCAAGUGACGUCCGAAAUCACUUGGAAAUGCGAGUUAAAAGUGAACCAGGUGCAAUACAGGACAGGUUAGGGGUUGUGAGGGGGAGAGCGAGAGACAUUGGCGUGCAAGAUUCACCAAUGGGUACAGCGAUGGUGAAGCAGGAACCGGGAACAGAGGCGGUGAUGGUGGCCUUUGAGGUGAGACGUGGCGUUCCCGAGGCAUCAACAGGAGCAUUACGGGUGAAGGAGGAGCCGCUGGAGUACACAGACAUGGGCAGCAGUGCGUCGUAUGGUGGUGAUUGGGUACCCUCGUCCACCAUCAAAACGGAGCCAUGGGAGUACACAGAGAUAAUCAAGACCGAGACGUUUCUGCAGAGGGAUGGUGGACGCGAUAGGAGGCUACGGCAGCUCAUGGAUGCCACCCUCCGCACCAUGGGGUUAGAGGACGGGGAGGGGAUUCCAACGCUAUGGGACGGCAGUACACCUGAGAGCCUUUAUGAUCACCUGAAGAGUUACCUGGUGGAGUUAGGCUGCGGCGUUUGGGAGGCGCCGAACGAGAGCUUCACGUUCAACUGGGAGGUGAAUUUGCGUCGUUUGGCUGUCGCAUCGCAGGCCUCGCACGACCUCGACCGGUUCACGCGUAACAUCUACCGUCACAUGAAGGAACACCCGACGUAUAAGGCGUUCGUCACCGACCUUAUGAGGAAGGGUCGGGGACGGACGGCGCGGUAAAUGCUGCUUGUUUGGGGUUGCGGUGUUGCGGUUGUUGGCUUACUCGGGGCAGAAGUUACGGGAAAAUUAAGAUAAGGGAAUGCAAGAUCACAGAAAGGAAGUGAAGGAAAAGGAGAAGAAAAUAAUAAGAAAACCGAUACCACAGAAAGAAAGGAUGUGAAGAAAAGGAGAAGAAAGAAAAUAAUUAGCAAACCAAAGACCACAGAAAGAAAGGAAGCAAAAGAAAGAGA